GUCCCAUGCGCCUCGUGGACUGUGGCUUGUAGUUUCUCAGGAGUAAUAAGCAAAAAGGACAGGGCAAAGAAAGUCAAGGCGGACAUUCCAAAGUUGUAUUUUUUUUAUUCAGCAGCAAAAACUGUGACUUUUCCAUAACUCUAUACACGGUCUGUCACGAAUUGGAAAUGGCACCAUCUCUCUCACAAGCCUACAGAAGGCGCUGGUGGAUGGCCUUAACGGCUAUACUUGAGAACCUGCUCUUUUCGGCAGUGUUGUUGGGCUGGGGUUCACUCCUAAUCAUGCUCAAGGCUGAGGGUUUCUAUUCACAUUUGUGCAUAGAAAAUGAGACUAAGCAUCAUGGUAACAGCAGCUUGGAGGAGAGCUCUGUGUGGCUGAGCUGUUUUGAGCAAGAGGAAAUCCUAAAUCUUGGCUUUACGAUCGGUUCGUUCAUCAUCAGUGCAGCUACUCUGCCCCUGGGAAUCCUGAUGGACAAGUUUGGGCCACGCCCCCUUAGGCUUCUGGGCAGUUCCUGUUUUGCCUUUUCAAAUAUUUUAAUUGCAGUGGCAGCAUAUGAUCCUUCAAUAUUGUCACCUCUCAUCUUUAUUGCUGUCUCCUUCAAUGGCUUUGGAGGAAUAUGCCUGACCUUUACUUCACUAACGCUCGCCAACAUGUUUGGAAAUGUGCGUUCUACCAUUCUUUCCCUAAUGAUUGGUUCCUAUGCUUCUUCUGCUGUUACCUUCCCGGGAGUCAAGCUAAUCUAUGAUUUAGGGGUGUCAUUCCGCUUGAUCUUCUGGGUGUGGGCAGGAUUGGCAUGUCUUGUUUUCCUCAAUUGCUUACUUAACUGGCCUGUGGAGUCUUUUCCUGCUCCUGAAGAUAUCAGCUACAUUAAAAAAGUAAAGCUGAGUGGUGUAGCAAUGGACCACAAGGUGACAGGGGAUCGCUGCUACAGCCAUGUAACCACUGUGGGACAGGAAAUGGAUAAAAAACAGUUUUUGGAUGAGUAUAAACAAAGCAAUGGAGCAGCCACACCGAGCCAAGGUGCCCAACCGUUUCGCCGUUCUGUUUGUUCUCCUAUCUUUUUGUGGAGUUUAAUCAUCAUGGCAAUGACCCAGCUCCGCAUUAUAUUUUAUAUGGGAGCCAUGAAUAAGAUGCUGGAGUUCCUGGUCACACAUGGUGACCUCAAUGCUCCAGAAAAGUUAAUGCAAGAGGCAGAAGAACAAGUAAGCUUCUACUCGUCUAUCUUCGGCACUAUGCAGCUGCUGUGUCUCCUGACUUCCCCUCUUAUUGGGUACAUCAUGGACUGGAGGAUAAAAGAGUGCGAGGAGGACAAUAGCUUGGUGGAUGGCGAGAAAAGGCCACCCAAGAGAGACAAAAAGAUCCAGAAACUCACCAAUGCAAUCCGAGCUGUUAUCUUUACCAACCUCUUGCUAGUGUUGUUUGGCAUCAUAUGCUUGAUAGACAACCUUCCUGUCCAGUUUCUGUCUUUCGUUCUUCAUACUGUUGUAAGAGGUUUCAUUCACUCUUGCUGUGGAGGACUCUAUGCUGCUGUGUACCCACCAAACCACUUUGGCACACUGACGGGCCUGCAGUCUCUAUUGAGUGCUCUGUUUGCUCUCCUUCAGCAGCCCCUGUUUGUUCUUAUGUUGGGUCCACUCGGAGGAGAUCCUUAUUGGAUCAACUUUGGGCUGCUGAUUUUCUCAUUAUCUGGCUUCCUGUUGCCAGGAUACUUGUUCUACCAUCGCAGACAACUCAUUAAACAGAAGAAGGUACUGGAUCAGGCAGCGACUGGCCAAUCAGCAAUUGUUCUAAAUCAGUCAGCAAACAGCCCUGAGAAACUCUACAGUGAUGGGUUUGAUACAGAUGAGGCUUAAGAAGGAAUAAUGCAGAAAACUACUUUGUGACAAUGACAAUUGCAUUCUUGCUUUUUUGAACCACAAACUUGAAUACAAACAACUAUGAUCAUGGACAUUUUUUGUGAGACAUUUAUGAACAUUUAGCUGUAUAUUGGGAUUAAAAAAGGGAGCAAUUA